AUGAAAAGUGCCAAGAGGAAGAACAAACUGUAUGAAUUUGAAAGCUUUCAGUACUCAAUCUCCAACUCAGAGAUGGAUUUUCAUAAUAUGAAAAGGACGGAACUUCAAGCGCUAUGCAAGGAACACAAAAUUCCUGCGAAUUCUGCCAACUCCGUGUUGAUUGAUAAGCUUUCUCAGCUUCUCAAUGUAAAGCAGGAAAAGCAGAAACCCGGAACACGACAACGUGCUUGUAUAAAGAGUUCGGUUGAAGCCAUAGAUGAGAGUGAAUCCGCAGUGUCAAGAAGGCAAGCAAAGAAAGUUAGGUUUAGUCCAGAAGUCGAGUAUGAACGAUCUGGCAAAAAACAGAAGGCUAUAGAGCCUGUGGUUACUGGGAUCAAAGGUAGAACUAGAUCUGUGGCGAAGAAGGUCGAUGAACCUGCUGUUGAUGAUGUUAAUAAUGCCAUUGAUGAUGAUGUACAAAUUCCUGUUAAGGUUACUAGGUCUAGGGCUCAUAUACUGGAAAAGGUUGAUGUCGUAUCAACUGAUGGAAGGAAGCAAGGUAGAAGGGCUGUAAAAGAUGUACAAAAGGAAACUGAGGAAGUUAAAGAAACUGAAGGCAAUCUUGGCAAAGUCACCAGAUCAAAGGCGAACACAGUGAGAAAAGGCAAUGCUCAACCUGAAAAAAGCAAGCCAAGCAAAAAAGAAGUUAAAGAUGUUGAAAAGGAAAGUGAACCAGUUAAAGAAACCAUUGUUGUUCGUGCUAGAGUUACACGGUCAAAGGCACAAACUGUGACAGAAGACAUUAAGGAACCUGAAUCGAGUCCUCAAGUUAAGAAAAAACAUGGUAGACAAACAGAAAAAGAUGAGGCAAAAGUUGAGCUCUCUAAGGAGGUUAAGGAUGUUCCAGUUAGAGCUACAAGGUCUAGAGGACAAACUCUAAACACUGAUAGUUUGGUUGCUAAUCCUCCAGCUGAAAAGAAAAGAACUAGAAAGGAUGAUAGUGAGGCUGCUAAUCCUCCAAUAGAGAAGAAAAGAACUAGAAGGGACACCAUUGUUGCUGAUGUGAGCCUUAACACAAGCAAUGAAGAUAAAGGUGAGAAAUUGGGACGUGGGAGAUCAAAGAAAAUAAGUGAAGAGAGAAUUGCUGAAGUUCCUGAAACUCAAAAUAAUGCUGACAAGGGCACAAGGCAGUCAAGGAGAAACAAGGCAACAGUUGAAGCGCCUACAGUUGUGGAUCAAGAUGUAAGCAAAGUGGAAUCUGUUAAUGAAAAGAAAGUUACAAAGUCCAAAGCUCCUCCUGCAAAGAAAUCUUCUGGAAGCAAAGCUGGGGUUCAACAGCUUGAGGAACCAUCAGAGCCUGCAGGUAGAAGGAAUGUAAAUCGAAGAAAAUCUGUCAUGCAGCCUAAAGUAACUGAAGUGGUUCUUCCUCUUGAAGAACCUGUGAACAUUCCUAAAAAGGACACCAGGCGAAAAUCUGUUGUGCAAAAAGCUCAGGGGAAAGGAAACAAGAAACCCCCUGUUGGAAAGAAAGAAAUAGUAAAAGAAACUGAGAAGCCUGAAUCUCCUAUUCGUAAGACUGUUGUGAAAAAGCAAUCAAAAGAUGCUUCUGAAAAAGAAAUGAAAGCAGUUGCUAGUGGUUCUGAGAGUAAAAAUUCUAGGAAACGAAGUGGAGACCCUAUUGUUGAAGAUCAGAUUGUUAAGCCUGAGCCUGUGUCUACACGUAAAGAAUCUGUUGCAAAAAAAGAGCAAGAGAGUGUUGAAAAGACACCUGCAUCUAAAAAAGUUGCAAUGAGCGAAGGUAAUAGGUCUAAAAAGAAGGCAAAAUUGAGUGAAAUAAAACAAAGCGAUUCAGAUGACCAUGUUGAAAAAUCCAUUUCAAUGGAGACACCGAUUUUAAAGAUGGCGAAUCUUGGAUUAGAUGAUAAAGUUAUGGAGACUGAGCAAACUCCCGCUAUUGUUGAAUCUGGUAGGCGGUUUACACGUGGUGUAAUAAGAAGUGAUAGAAAGGCGCCAAGUCAGUCAGCCAUUAAAGAGCAAAAUACUGGAGUAGCUCGUAAAACUCCAGGUCGAUUUACACGCAGUGGAAUCAAGGAGAAGCCAAUUGAGUCGGCUCAUCAAAGUCUAACUUUUGAUGAAGCUCUUAAUGCCUCACCUGAAGAUGCAGUAGCUGAGCCUAGUCCAGAUGAUUCUAUAGCAGUUCCAGCUGAAGUUUCUAACGAAACUCAUGCUCAGAUAGUAGACAAAUCAAACAAUUUAUCAGCUUUAGAAUCGUUGGAGUUGCCAACCAUUGAUGCACUUUCAGAUGGAUCUCAUGUACCUAAUCAGAAUCAGGAAGUUCAUGUCAGUUCAGAGAUAGUUGUGGAAGCUGAAGUUCAGGUAGCAGUAAAUUCAGAAAACUCUGUGGUUCCAGAAGUUUCUGAAAAAGAAACGGAAUUGACAAUAUCAGAAUCCACAUCAGAGGGGCUGGAAAAUGAUGCGAGGGUUGAAGAACCAUCUGUUUCUGCUGUGAAGACUGUUGAAGUACAAGAGAGUGUUAAUGUUUCCCUAGAAGAGUCUGACUUUAAUGGCAAUUCAAAAGAGGUUGAAGCUUUGGUAGAGCCAUCAAUGGUCGAAGGUGUGAAUCAGGUUAUUGCAGAUGAUCAAGCUUGUGCUAAAAUAGAUGAUGAUGAUGGCCCUGAUAGUGAAGAAGAUGAGAAGGCUAGCAAUCAGAAACAUGAAGAUGUUGAAAAUAUAGUUGAUGCUCAGGAGAUGGAUCUUGAACCUAACAGAGAUACUAUUCAGGAGUCAACAUUGGGUGAGGAUAAGCUUCAGGGUCUUGGCAUGGAUGAAAAUGAUCCUAAAGAUGAAAAAGUUACUGUUCCAGAAAGUUUGACCACACACAGUGAGCCUGAAAAGGAGUUUGAUGUGGUUGAAGCUGAAUACGAGCCUACAACUGCAACUGUUACAGAAAGUGUAAUUGCACAGAAUGAGCCUGCAAAGGAGUUGGAAUCUGAUAUAGUGUCAUCUGCUGGUAAUGAUGUUCAAGGGAUCCCUAUUUUGGGCGAAUCUGAUGAUGAAGAUGAAGGCGUUGACAAUGUCAGGAAACAUGAAUCAACUAACACAAAUGACCAGGAUGGAGAAUCUGAACAGGAACAACUAACAAGUCAUUAUAGUUUUGGCAUGGAAGACCAAGAUGAACCAGGGCCAGCUCAGAAUGAAAAAGAGCCCAUUCUGCCUGAAGUUUUUACCACUUCUUCUGAGCCAUCUCAUAAUGAAGAUGUGUCCGAGUUGCUCGAAGACUUAACCAAGUCUCCUGACCAAAAACCAGAGCCAUCCUUGAGUCUUGCUGUUGAUGAAGUUCCAUGUGAUACUGUUGAUGCGUCAACAAGCAAAGAGGCACCAGAAAACCCCACAUUAGUUGAUGAAGAAAAACAGAUGGAUGGUCACAAGUUGAAGGAAGAUUAUUCAGCUCAAGAGAACCCAGCCAUUGAAGAAAGCUUGCCAGUUGUGUAUACAAAAGAAGAAUCUACUAUUGAUGCGUUGGCUACAAAUCAACUUCCUGGAGAUAUUGGAUCUUAUGAAAGUCCGAUUACAGAAGAAGAAUCUCCUGUUGAUGAUAUGGUAUCGUAUCCAGUAACUUCCUCUAAGGAAGAAGAAAGAAACGAGCAAGAAGAUUUGGGGAAUGAUAGUCAUGGAACAGAUGACUUUCAGAAACCAGUUUCAACAAAUGAAAGUGUUGAUGUAGCAGGUCAAAGCAUGAAAGAUGACCAAGUUUCAGAAUUCCAAACUUCUGCCAUAGAUGAAGCUUCUACUCCUGCAAUUGGAGGUGCAACUGUUGGGUUCUUCAACUGGUCUGAUUCGUCUCUAAAAGAAUUAUUAAAAACACCAGCCACAACUCAAGUCAGUAAUGCAGAAGAGUGUCAGCAAAGUGUGGUCAGAUCUGCCCUUCCUGCUGAAGAUGGCAUAGAAGGCAAAGCAACACCAUAUCCAGAUCUUUCUCUGAAAUCUUUAUUUACAACACCAGCCACAUUGCGAGAAAACCGUCAGCAGAGUACAGUCAGAUUUGACCUCACUGAGGAAGAUGACACAGAAAAUAAUGCAACAAACAUUCCAUGUUCAUCUCUGAAAGCAUCACUUACAACUCCAACCACAACCCGUGUCAAUUAUGAAAAAGAACCAGAGGAGAAUACAGUCAGAUUUGCUGUUCCCAUUGAAGAUGACACGGAGCAUAAUGCAACACAAAAUCCUGAUUCGUCUCUAAAAGCUUUAUUUAAAACACCAGCUACAACUCAAAUCAGUCAUGUACAAGAUGUUUCCUCUUUGAAAACGUUAUUUGCAACACCUGCUACCACUCGAAUCAAUCGUGUGAAUGAUCCUCAGGAAAAUUCUGUCAGUGUUGCCUUGCCUGAUAAAGAUGACACAGAGCACAAUGCAACACAAAAUCCAGAUUCGACUCUGAGAGCUUUAUUUAAAACACCAGCCACAACUCAAAUCAGUAAUGUACAAGAUUAUUCUUCUCUGAAAACAUUAUUUGGAACACCAGCCACUACUGGAAUCAGUCGUGUGAAUGACCUUCAGGAAACUUCUGUCAGUCUUGCUGUGGCAGAUAAAGAUGAGAAUGCAGCACCAAAUCCAGCAUUGUCUCUGAAUGCGUUAUUUACAACACCUGCCACAACCCGAGUCAGUCAUGUAGAAGAACAUCAGGAAAGUCUUCCAGAUGAAGAUGACACAGAAAUCAUGUUGAAGACAAUCAACAGAGUGUCAAUGAAUACACCAAUACAACACAAGGAGAAAACAGUUGAAUAUGCCCCCCUUCCCAUUGAAGAUGACACAGAAGGCGAUGCACCACAAAAUCCAGAUAUGUCUGUGAAAAUUUUUGCAACACCAGCCACAGCCAGUCAUGUAGGAAACUAUCAGCAGAGUACUGUAAAUUUUACCCUUCCUUCUGAAGAUGACACAAAAGGCAAUGCAACACAAAGUCAAGUUUCAUCUCUGAAAUUGUCAUCUGCAACAACACAAAAUCAAGAUUUGUCUCUGAGAACAUUGUUUGCAACACAAUCCACAACUCGAGUCAGCCAUGUAAAAGAGCGCGAGCAGAGUACAGUCAGAUUUGAGCUUCCCAUUGAAGAUGACAUGGAACACAAUGCAACUGAAAAUCCAGACUCAUCUCAUAAAGUGUUUCCUAAAACACCAGCCACAACUCAAAGAUUUACCCUUCCUGAUGAAGGGAAUGUGACUCAAAAUCCUGAUUUAUCUUUGAGAACUUUGUUUGCAACACCUUCCACAACUCAAGUCAGUUAUGUACAACACAGUCAACAGACUACAUUUACAUUCCAUGAAGAUGUAAAGCAAGGCACUGCUGCAACACAGGAGCAAGGUCAUGACGAGGAUAAAAAAAGUGAUAUGAACUUUCAAGAUUUUGCUCAUAAGUAUUUUGAUGAUGAUGAAGUAGAUUAUUAUCAUGGUGAGCAUUCGAGUAACGAUCAAGUGGAUGAAACUAAACAACAUAACUUGCCGAGUGAAGUAGCAGGAACAAGUCACCAUGAUGCUUCUGGCUUAAAAGAUAGGUCCUUUUUUACUGGUGAAGGUACAACACAAUCUCCCGGUCCUAGUGAGAGUUUUGGAGGCCCAAACUUUGACAUUGCACGUAAAUUUUUUGAAGAUAAAGAAGUAGAUUUUGGUUCCAGUGACAACUCGGGUGAUGAAAUGAAGCAACAAGAUACAGGGAGAAGAGAAAUGUAACAGUAAGUUACAAAGGAGCAAAGACUCAAUUUUCUAACAAGUGAGCAUAUAGAAAGGUCCUUUGGGUAAAAAUAAUGUUUAUGUUACAUUUAGAUAAAGGGGAUUUGUGUGUAGUCUAACUGUUAUUUUUAUAUUUGAAUACCUCGUACUUCGGAAAGGAAAACUUAGACUAGUUACUUGUGAUGUAGUAUUUUGUUUAAGUUUCUAUAACAUUGCAUUGCUUGACCACCUUACUUGUAAUUUUGAGUAGAGGACAUUGCAAAGUUCUUAGAUUACUUGCUUUGGGCCUUAUUAUCUCUUAUACAAAUAGGGACGACAUUUAAUAAUUAUUUAUUUAAAUUUAGUUAUUUUGUAAGGUUAGAGACGAUCUAUUUUACAAAAUAGAACUUGUGGUUAUCAUAGUUAAAAAAAAGUGGGCUUGAAGUGAAAUAAUUAUGCAAAUAUGAAUACCAUUUAUGUAAUUUACUUAAAAGUUUUGUAGAAUUAGUCAACUAUUGGAUCUC